AAUGGCGACUGCUUGAAUCUGAAAGUGUCCAAAAGUGAAGUGUGUGACAAUGAAUGUAAAAUAGUGAAAUCAAAGAAUGGAACAAAACGAGCAAAAGUUGUGGUAGAAGACAAGGAUCGGUCCAAUAAUGCACUGCGUUAAGAGAUUCAUUUGGGAACUCCCAUUUGUAAUAUAACGUUAUAGGACUGAAUUCAAUCAAGGUGACUAGAAGUUGCCGAGUUUACUGGUUAAUUGUGUUGAAGAACAGAAGAAGCGUGCGCUGGAUCUGGCUAAGUUGUUCACGUCAGAAACAACACGUAUUGAUCUCCGGAGAAGGGCGCCUGCCAAAGGAGUUAUAGCUGGAGUCUCGUUGGAUAUAGAUGACGAGUACAUUAGUCAGAAAAUCCCAGGAGUGGUCAGUGUGGUUCAAAGCAGCUGUUGUGAAGGAAUGCAUUCAUGAUAUCCUGAGAGAACAACUGUCUGGGGUGCAGUAUGAUCCGGAUGAGGUCGGCGUUCUGUCCCGUUCAUUAGCAGAUUGCAUAAAGGACAAACUGAAGGAUGUGGGCUUUGACCGAUACAAGCUGGUGGUACAAGUGGUAAUUGGAGAGCAGCGAGGAGAAGGUGUCAAGAUGGCUGCCAGGUGUUUCUGGGAUGCUGACACAGACAGCUACGCUCAGGACAUUUUCAUGAAUUUUGUUCUGUGUGGCGGCUGCUUUCGGCAGUUAUUUCUACUGAGGACAAAAGAAGAUGGGAAGAUUUUGCAAUAGCUUUGCUAUUUUAAAAGCACUCAUGACUUCAGUAAUUGCAUAAUUACUUUGACACAAGAACAUUUAAAAUGAGAGUGCUCCACAUAAGACAUCCACAAAAACAGAAAAAUAUCCUCAAAGCAUCUCAGAGUAGAAGUGAUGAUCAGUUUAACCUUUUUUUAGAUCAUAGUGAAUAGGAUUACAGGGACAGAUCCUAGAUCAGAACUUCUACACUGAGAUUCUUUGUGGAUUCGAGCCGAGAACUUGCCCUUUACCCGGGGGAAGAUGCACUGUGCAAUCUCUGUUGUGGUUUUUGUUGUUGUAAGUAGCAGCAAAUUACAGUUAAAUACUCUGACAGAAAGAGGACUGUUGCCUUGCUUAAUAACUGCAGAGGACAACAAGACAGGCACUGUUUUAUUCAUACUAAUGUCAGGUCAACCUGAGAAUAAAACAUGCAUAACCUACACGCAGACUGUAGCUGUAACAUGGUGUUAAAUGCUGUCUACCAAUGUUUCUUUACAUCACCCUUAUUGCUAUUUGUAUAAAAGAUUACUUUAUUAAAUGUAAUUAAUUUCAAAUAUA